AUGGCUGACGACGCUCCCUUCAGCUUCCUGCCGCUCGGCGCCAUCAUCCAGCGCUUCGACGUCGACGGCACCAACAUCGUCCAGGGCUUCCCCACUUCCGAACUGUAUGCCUCCCACAACGCGCCCUACUUUGGCGAGACGAUCGGCCGCGUGGCCAACCGGAUCAGCGGCGCCCAGCUACACAACAUCAACGGCAGCGCCGACUGUCCGCUGACCGCCAACGACGGGCCCAACGCUCUGCACGGCGGCCCUGCUGGCUGGGGCAAGAAGACCUGGACCGGACCUUCGCCCGUGGGCGUGCACACACUCUUCCCUGGCUUGGCCCCGCUGACCGAGGGCGGCGAGUCGGUGCGGUUCACCCUCGACAGCCCCGACGGCGACGAGGGCUACCCCGGCAACGUCCUUGCCUCCGUCACAUACACGGCCGGACGUCAAGCUGAAGACGACAAACGGAUCACCGUACUGGUCAUCGACUAUGAGGCCGAGCUGGUCGGCAAUGCAGACGAGACCGUCAUUAACAUGACCAAUCACUCCUAUUUCAACCUCUCUGGCACCACAUCCAUUGAGGGCACCGUUGUCGAGCUCGCCACCAACAGCUACCUGCCUGUCGACAGCACCGGCAUCCCCACCGGAGGACCCGUUCCUUUCGCAACAGUGCCGCCAGCACACACCUCUUUCGUCUUCGGCGCCACGGCUCCUGACAUUGACGACUGCCUCGUGGUCAACGAGGAGCCCUCAUCGGUGCCUAUCGAUACGCGCAGCUCGCCGCUGGUCCGUUUCCUCACCGCCCACCACCCUCAGUCCGGCGUCCACCUGGAGGUCUGGAGCACCGAGCCGGCCUUCCAGCUCUACACUGCCGGCUAUGUCGACUUGCCCCCUCUCGGCGGUCUGCCAGCUCGCGGUCAGCGCUGCGGCUUUUGCGUCGAGCCCAGCCGCUAUGUCAAUGCCGCCAACGUCGACGCCUGGCGCUCGAUGGUCCUGCUCAAGCGCGGGGCCAAGUAUGGCGCUCGCAUCGUCUAUCGGGCCUGGAAGGAUGCGCAGAAAGAAGGCUGA